AUGGCCCAGCAGGGCAAUGGCCACACCGGUUGGCCAUUGGACUAUGAAGACGGCACCGGCUAUGGCCUUCCGCCCGCCGGGGACGACCUCAACGACUUCUUAGAUAUGAACGCCCUGCAGCACCACCCUAUGGAGACGUGGUCCUCGGUGCCGGAUCCAUCUGGCGCCGUGGCCGACGGCGGUGUGCCUCAGACCUUUGGCCGCGAUUCGCAUCAUGCUUUCCAACAGCUACCGAACGACUAUGCCAAUCUCGUCGGAGCCCAGCCGCACUCGCAGGAGCAUCAACAGCCGACACAGCAGCAAUGGUCCACACCAGGCUUUGCCAUCCAACAUCAACAACAGCCGCAGCAGCAGCAACAGCAACAGCAACAACAAAAGCAUGCAUUCGACCCUUCAUCCCAAAAUCAUGGCUUUGUUGGUCACACACCCGUGUCGUAUGAUGCUGUCCAGGGCUUUGCUGUCCCUGCUGAGGCCAUGGGCAACAUGCCUACCUACCUAUCUGGCCAGAUCAGCAACGAGCAGUGGCAGCAACGGCAACAACAAGAGCUACUCCGCCAGCAGCAGGCGGCGCUCCAAAAACAACGCCAGCAGCAACAACAGCAACAGCCGGUUGACGUGAACAGAUACCCCUACGCCACAUCUCCACCCGUAGCGACUGGACCGAACGCCGCACCUCGACCGAGCUUGUCACCUGCGCCGCCCCGACAAUCCACCCUCACCCCCGAUACGAUUGGCCACCCGCAUGGCAUCAACUCUCCCGCACCCGGUAGCGGUUACCAGAACCCGGCUCAGAACUGGCCAGUUCAGGCCCAGCUGCAGCAACAGCAGCCACAACAACACCACCUUCAAUUCGCCCAGAACAUGACACCCGUUCCGCAACCGAUCCAACAGCAGCAGCAGCAGCAGCAGCAGCAAGCCACCCCAUCGCCGGUCCCACCUACCGCAACAACGAAGGCGACAAAAGCGACAGCAACCACCACGCCAAAACCGACAAAAGUCACGAAACCCAAGGCCACCAAAGCCACAAAAGCGAAGGCAGCAGCGCAGCAGGCGCAAACCGAUGGUCAACUGCAGGCGCAGCCGGAACAUUUGUAUCAGCAACAAAUGUACCUUGACCCGCAACAGCAGCAGCAACCGUCGCACCUACCCCAGCAGAUGCCACAACAGACACCUCUGGAGGCAGGAGCGAACGGUUGGGCGCAACACCAGCAACAGCAACAGCAACAGCAACAGCAACCGGGUCAGGUACCGUACCAGCAUCUGGCAGGCGAGCAGGCGUGGCAGGAUCAACAGCCACAGCAGCAGCAAUUCAUGCAGCAGCAGCAGGCGCAGCAGGCCCGACAAUCACCUCCGCAACAAGGUCAGCAGCUUCGUGUCCAGCAAUAUCAACCGGCACAACAAACACACAACUCCCAGCAGCAGAAGCAGCUCGAGCAACAGCGGCAAUUCCAGCAGAUGCAGAUGCAGCAGCAGCAACUUCGCAUCCAACAGCAACAGCAAAUGCAACAAGCCCAGACCAGAAUCCCGCCUCCGAUCGUCUCGCCUAUUCAGCCUCCGACCUACCCUCAGUCUGCCAAACCCGUGGCGGCCGCUAAAACCGUCGGCAAGGCUCAGUCGUCCACCCCCGUACAAAGCACGUCCGCCAUCCCGGUGCCCACCAUUCCAACUGCCACGCCGGUACCCGUGCCGACAAUACCAGGUGCCGCUCCCGCUGCAUCACGUGUUAAACCUGCAAAGGCCGUGUAUAAAAAGCCACAGCUGUCCGAUGUCCUUCCCAAAGAGAUUAAGCACAUUGUCAGUGCUGCAGAGACUCAGGAGCGUAAGCAGCUCUUCCCGGGCGUGCCAUUCUUGGUGCUGGGAAACGUGGUGCAUAUUGAGCCUCCACUGAGCACGACCGAACCGGCUGUGCUGCCUGAUCCGUCCAAAGACCUGGGCACGAAGCACUUCCCCGGUCGCAAAGGCCCGCUGCCCUGCGAGACCAUUGCCGAAUAUGAUCGCCUUGUCGGCUCCCAGCCGUCCGAGAAGAAGGAGGCGCUGGUUCUCGAGCUGCGCAGUCGGCUCAAGAGCCAAGGCAAAGUCUUGCCGCCCAAGGUGUACAAGUUUGCCUCGCUCGGCGACACGCCUAAGAAGCCUACCAAAUCGAUUGCUCAAGGCCGCCCGGCAGCUAUGGAAUCGCCCGGCAGUGACGAGGAGUCCGAAUCCGAUGAGGAAGAGGAAGUUCGCAGCGCGGCCCGGCCCACAGACCCGGCCGAUGCGGCUGCUUGGGACGCCAUUGGCUUCGUCCAUGUCGCCGACAACGCGCCCACUACUAUCAAGCGUGCCGUCAAAAAUUUCGGCGACUUUAUCAAGGGUAUCUACGACGGCAUCAAGGAGACCAAGGAGCGCCUCAAGAAGGCCGAAGAAGGUGGCAGCAAAAACGAGACGGUCGAACAAAUCAAGAAAACCCUUGCUUCAAAGCAGGAGAUUUUGUAUCGUGCCGUCGACGCUGCGGAUGAAAAGGGCCACGACCAGGUGCUAGAGAACCUGGGCGGCAACGGCCCGCUCGUCGCCAACCUUGUGUCGGCCCUGCGCGACUGUGUCAAUGCCUCUGACUUUAACGGCAAGCUGACCAAGACGUUGCUGCGCUUCAUGUCACAAUUCACGACGAUUACCGACGAGAUGCUGAACCAGCGCCUCAAGUUCGACAAGAUCCAAAAGCGCUUCAUGACCAAGGGUGACGCCGAGGUGAAGGACUUGGUCGGUGAAAUUGUCUCCAAAACCAUUCACGCCAAGCCAGCCUCGGCCACGGCUGCUGCGAAUACGGCAACAUCGGCGAACGACACUAUCGUUGUUGCAGACGACGUUCCGUCCAAGACAGCCGCUAAACCGGCCUCGUCCGCGUCCAAGACUGGACCUACAAGAGUCGUAUCUGAUUCGUCGUCUUCAAAACGCCCCCGCGAGGAUGAGUCGGCCGAUUCACGCCCUGCAAAGAAGCCAGCCACCAACUCUGCCUCAGGCGCACCGCAAGCAGUUGCCAAGGUCACCCCGUCCUCAGGCGCAGCAUCGUCCACGCCUGCGGCUGCCAAGCCAUGGGCCGGUACAUCACUGUUACCCGGCAAGAUACGUCCGGCUACUACGAAACCGGCCGCUCCAAAGGCAGAUGCAUCAUCAACCGCAGCGGACAGCAAGGCCGACGUGUCCAGCAAGGAUACAGCAAAGACGUCGUUAAGUGGCUCUCCGUCUAAGCGCGAUACAGAUGCGCCCACAACGACCGGUCCUGCAAGCAAGGCGGCGCCGUCUUCCAUUGCCGCCAACAAUUCUGCCAGUACAAUAGCGGCAGCAGCCGCCGCAUCCCGCGCUAAGAAAGCCGCCGCCGCAGCCAAGGCCGAGCAGGCGUCGUCUGGAUCUUCUAAGCUGGGCCUGCUUCUCGACGAGAUCUCCAAGCCCAAAAUUAAAAAUGCUUCGCCCGCCGCUCCCACGCCGGACUCCUCGUCGAGCGAAAGCGCGUCGCCCAGCGAGACGCCCGAGCAAAAGGCCAAGCGCCUGCGCAAGGAGAGCCGUCGCAAGCUGCGCGUGACGUGGCGGACAGGCACCGACCUGACGCAGGUCCGCAUCUUCACCAAAGACGAGGGCGAAGACGAGGGCAGAGCUAAGUACCUGCUCCGUGACGCCGGCGACGACCGGUCCGAAGGUCUGGCCCUGAAGCGCCGCCUAAUGAGGGGAGGUGCUGAGGACGACGACGAUGGCAACGGCGGCGGCGACGGCAUGAACCUCGACGACGAUGAAGAUGACGAGCUGCCGUACCGUCCGUGGUUUGAGGCGUCGCCCCUCAACUUUUCGUCGCUGCCGGCCGACAAGGUCGCUGAGACAUAUGUCACGCGUGGUGGCCAGUUACCUGUCGAUUCGUCCGAGCGGAAGGCCAUGGCCGACCGCGAGAACACGGUCCUCAUGGCCAUCUACACCGACCACUCUGACAUCCCGCCUACGCCCAAGUCACCGUCGGCCGCUCAUACUGAGCUGGCUAGCAAUCCCGUCAACGGGAUUGCGUUCCCGGCCUCCGAGUCCAAGGCACUGCAAGAGGUGCAGGUUCGCUGGAACGAGGAGCGCCAGUAUGGCGCCAAUUGGGCUGCGUGGAACGCAAUCCAGCGGCUGCAGAGCGCCAAGAACCCGCAGCAGCAGCCGCAACAGCCGCAACAGCCGCAACAGCCGCAACAGCCUCAGUCUGUCGGCGGUGCCAAGGCAGGUGGCACAAUUACUUCAUUCACGGGUGCUCGGGGCGGCGACGUCGUCCGCCUCCUUACGUCCGGUGCUGUCAAGAACUGGCGGCCGACGCUUGACCUGUCGUCUACCACCAAGGUGCACCGCUGGCAAGAUUACUCAGAUCCGACCGUCCAAAAAGCUGUGCUGGCGCUGGAGAGCAUCUUUCUGCAGCUCCAGGGCAAGGCCUUUCCGGCCACCGAGCCGCCCGCUUACAUUGUUGACCCGGAGCGCAUCAAGGAGUGGUGGACGGGCUAUAACCGCGAAAAGCAGCGAGAACGGACGCAGGCUGAAGCAGCCGAAGCACAGAGCCGCAAUGCCGUCCAGCCGCAGCCGAAAGAGGAACAGACACAACAACCGCAGGCUGCUGCCACAGCCGCUGGCCAACAGCAGGAUACCGCCGCUGCAUGGGCCGCCUACUACGCUCAACAGCAGCAGCCGGCGGCUGUACAGUCGACGGAUGCCAACGCCUAUGCACAGUACAUGAACGCAUACUACCAGCAGCAGGCGCAACAGCAACAAGCAGCCCCAGGCGGCGCAGGCGACCCGAAUGCUCAACUACAGGCACUGUUGACGACGCUGGGCGGUGGAUCUGGCGCUCCACCCACAGGCGCUGACCCGCAGAACGAUGCGCAGCUGCAAGCACUGCUGGCGUCGAUGAUGGGCGGUGCCGGUGCCGGUGCCGGAAGCGCACAGCCGGCUGCUGGAUCGGCCGACGCGAACCAGGCGUACCUGCUGUCUCUUGCACAGUGGGCCUCCGGUGGCCAACAGCAGGACCACGGCCACCACAAUGAAUCCCAAGCUGACCAGGACGGCGGUGACAGCUAUAAGCGUUCGCGUGGUGUCCGCAGUACUACUGGCCGCAGACGGAAUUAUCAUUACAAAGACAGUGACGGCGGCAACGACAGUGGCAGCGGCAACGCAGACUCCAACGCUAGUGGCGGCCCGUAUAACAAGCGGGACCGCGACAGCGACUCCAACGUGCCCAGCCACCUGCGCGGCAUCAACCGGGCGCUCAUUGGCACCAAGGCCUGCGUCUUCUGGGCCAGCGGCAAGUGUGCCAAAGGCGACAAAUGCACAUUCCGCCACGAUUAG